AUGUCUAUUCGCUCUACUACUGGCUGCUACGCAUGCAAAUCAAGACGCAAGAAAUGCGACGAGGCGAAACCAAAGUGUCUCCGAUGUACAAAAACCGGGGGUAAUUGCGAGUACGAGUACCUGGCGCCUACCGGGAGGAGCACCAAGAAGAGAACAAGACCUGCACCAAGACCCCAAAGCGAACAGCUGAAGAAACUGCAGAAAGAGAAAGAACUUCAUUUAGCAACCGCUUCCAAGCUCCACAAAAAUGCCAACGCACAUACUCUUUCUGCGCUAUUCGAUCAGCUCUUCAAUCCAUCUCUCUGUGCACCGCUGUCACCAAACAUCACCUGGGAUGAUAUAAUCCAGCAGUACCCAGCCCAACCACAGAAAGACACGUUCUCCCUAGAUCCACUUACUGGCCAGGCCCUCCUGCUCUUGCCAGAUCCGAACUUGGUUCCCCAAGGGUCCAUGUCAGGAAGUAAUUUAACAUCUGGUCAAGCGAUUUUAUUUGAUGCCUUAUUCAGCCUCGGCGAGAUUGGUUCCUCAUCCCCGACAUUGUCAAUUCCUAUUGUACCCCCGACGCACAUGAUAGCACAUCCCUCCUCCUGCGUCGACUCGGAUGGCACUACUUACCGGAACUCCUCAUCUGAAACAGACGAAUUGGAAGAGGCCGAUAUUAAAUUUGUCAGGCAGUUAUUUUGUUUAUCCCCGAUAAAAUUGGGUCGGGGUGUAGACAGUAAUCUUCUGGCAUUCGCUCUACAAUCAUAUGCUCAAUGGAUUCCCCUUACCGUCUUUGAGCCACUUACGAUAGUGAACAAAACAAAGCAAGCCUUAAUUGAUCAACUCGCCUAUCCAACUUCUCGCUCACGGAUACUACUGAUUUCCCAAAUAAUGAGCUCGUUAUCCAAAUCGUGGGUAGUGGAAGAACAUCUCAAACAAAUGAUUGGGCUGCUAGUUGAGCAAAUAUCGGUUACCCUAACGGGGUACACGGCUCAAAACAGUCAAUGCCUUGCGAACGAAGCGGAAAGGCAGCGAGCAAACUCGGCGCUAGAUAAUACACUAGAGAUGCUAGGUAUCCUAGUAUAUUCUUCUCCACUAUCUGCGACCCUCAGCGUUCUCCGGCUCGCAACUCCAGUGUUUUUGGCGGCUUUCCCGCCGCCACAUCCGCCCCAUUUAACCAGUUUAUUAAGCGAUCCUAGAUUAAACACUAGGCUUUUCGCUGGGCUUGAUAUUGUCUUCAGCGUUGCUACCGGAAACUCGACGUUUGGCAAGUACCAUGUCCCGCGGGGCUUGCAGCUGCGUGAAGAGCUAGAGAAAAUGCAAGAGAGCUAUGGGCUGCGAUGGUUAUGCGGGAUGCCGGACCAAUAUAUCAUGCUCGUCGCAUAUAUGGAUGAGCUAAAGGAGGAUGGAAAUGCCACAGAGGACAUGAUUCAACAAAUUGAAGACUAUAUUACUAUGAGGAUUGCACCACCUGAGAGUAAAGAUCCUAUGCUGAGGAUAGGAAGAAUGGUUGUGCAAGAAUGUUGGCGUGAAGCCAUGCAUAUUAUCUCUACAUGGUUCGCGUUGUGUGGAGUCCCUGCUACCGACACACGAGUCAAACGAUCUGUGCGAUCGUUCAUAGGAUUAUUGAAGAACACUAAUCCUCACAGAAACACUGAUACUUUUGCGGCAAUUCCCACGGUCAUUCGAGUAUCAGAGCAUCCCACCGACGAGUUAUAUGCUCCCGGAUACUACAACUGCCCGACUGUGCUCAGCCCAACACAGCAGGAAGCGAUUUAUUCCGGAUGGUACAAGAUGUCUGGGCGCGCACAAGCUUAG